AUGUCUCCACUUCUGAGAAGCAUCUUCGAUAUCACUGAAGUUUUCAAUCAAUAUGCCUCACAUGAUUGUGAUGGAGCAGCACUGUGCAAGAAAGACCUGAAGGACCUCCUUGAAAGGGAAUUUGGAGCUAUUCUUCGGCGACCGCAUGAUCCUGAAACGGUAGACUUGAUCCUGGAACUUCUGGACCGCGACUGUAACGGGCUGGUCGAUUUCAACGAGUACCUCCUGUUCAUUUUCAAAGUGGCUCAGGCUUGUUACUACGCGCUGGCCGAGGCCUCCGGGCUGGAGGAGGAAGCCCCGGGUGAGGGGAAGGGGGCCCCGUUACUAGACCGCAGGCAAGAAGACCAGAGGCGGUUUGAUCCCCGGGACAGGGAGGAGGAAGAGGAACGCAGGCUGAAGAGGCAGGAACAAGAGAGGGAGCUGGCUGAGGAAGAGGAGCCCAGGGGGAAGCUAGAGAGGCGCGAGCAGCGGCUGCAGAGGCGGGAGCAGGAGGCGCAGCUCGAGGAGGAAGAGGAGCUGCAGGAGCGCAAGAGGCUGGCGCAGGAGGAGUUUCCCGACCGAGAAGAGCAAAGGCGAGAAAGGCAGGAGCAGCGAGAGCGCCAGCGCCUUGAGGAGAAACUGCGCGAGCUCCAGGAAGAGGAGCAGCUACCCCGGCGGGAACGGCAGGAGCUGAGAAGGAAGCGCCUGGAGGAGGAAAAGGAGGUGGAAGAGCAGCUGCAGAGGCUUAGGCGCGGGCGCCAGGAGCCCUUGGAGCAGGAGCUGAGGCGGGAGCAGGAAGAGAGGCGCGAGCAGCAGCUGAGGCGGGAGCAGGAACCGCGCCUGGAACGGAAGCUGAGGCGGGAGCAGGAGCUCAGGCGGGAGCAGGAGCAGGAACCGCUCUUGGAGCAGCUGAGGCGAGAGCAGGAAGAGAGGCGCGAGCAGGAACCGCGCCUGGAGAAACUGAGGCGCGAGCAGGAAGAGAGGCGAGAGCAGGAGCUCAGGCGGGAGCAGGAAGAGAGACGAGAGCAACUGCUGAGGCAAGAGCGGGAGCAGGAGCUGAGGCGGGAGCAGGAACCGCGCCUGGAGAAGCUUAGGCGGGAGCAAGAAGAGAGGCGCGAGCAGGAGCUCAGGCGGGAGCAGGAACCACGCUUGGAAAGGAAGCUGAGGCGGGAGCAGGAAGAGAGGCGAGAGCAACUGCUCAGGCAGGAGCGGGAACAGGAGCUGAGGAGAGAGAGGGAGCCGCGCUUGGAGAAGCUGAGGCGGGAGCAAGAAGAGAGGCGCGAGCAGCAGCUGACGCGGGAGCAGGAGCAGGAGCAGGAGCAGGAGCAGGAGCCGCUCUUGGAGCAGCUGAGGCGAGAGCAGGAAGAGAGGCUCGAGCAGGAGCUGAGGCGGGAGCAGGAGCUGAGGAGAGAGCAGGAACCACGCUUGGAAAGGAAGCUGAGGCGGGAGCAGGAAGAGAGGAGGGAGCAGCAGCUGAGGCGCGAGCAACUGCUGAGGCGGGAGCGGGAGCAGGAGCUGAGGCGCGAGCAGGAACCGCGCUUGGAGAAGUUGAGGCGGGAGCAGGAAGAGAGGCGGGAGCAACUCCUGAGGCGAGAGCGGGAGCAGGAACCACGCUUGGAACAGAAGCUGAGGCGGGAGCAGGAGCCGCUCUUGGAGCAGCUGAGGCGCGAGCAGGAGGAGCGGCGAGAGCAGCAGCGGAGGCGGGAGCAGGAGCUGGCUGAGGAGGAGGAGGAGCUGCAAGAAGAGGCCGGCGAGCUGGGCGAGAGCCGCGCCCUGCGGUGGCAGCGGCAGCUGGAAAGCGAGGCCGAAGCCCGGCAGAGCAAGGUGUACUCGCGGCCGCGCAGGCAGGGGCCGCUGAGGCGCCGCCAGGAGCAGGAGGAGGAGGCGGAGAGGCGGCUGCAGGAGCGCGAGCAGCGGCUGCGGGAACUGCAGGAGGAGGAGCAGCGCCUGAGCCAACGGGGAUUCGAGCGGAGGCGGGAGCGGCAAUUCCUAGAGCAGGAGGAGCAGCUCCUGGAGGAAGAGCGGCGCCAGGAGGAGCUGCUCCGCGACCAAAAAUGGAGGUGGCAACUAGAGGAGGAAAGCCAGAGGCGCCGCCACACACUGUACUCCAAACCUGCUCUGCGCCAGCAGCUGCAGCGCGAGGAGGAGCAGCUGCUGAGGGAGGAAGAGCAGCUGCAGCGCGAGGAGGAACAGUUGCAACGGGAGAAGAGGCGCCAGGAACAGGAGAGACGGUACCAGGAGGAGGAGCAGCUGCUGAGAGAGAAAGAGCAGCUGCAGCGCGAGGAGGAACAGUUGCAACGGGAGAAGAGGCGCCUGGAACAGGAGAGACGGUACCAGGAGGAGGAGCAGCUGCAGCGGGAGAAAGAGCAGCUCCUGAGGGAGGAAAGAGAGGAGAAAAGACGCCUUCAGGAAGAAGACAGAAAGCUCCGUGAGGAGGAACAGCAGCUGCGCCGCCAGGAGCGCGACAGAAAGCUCCGAGCGGAGGAACAGCUCAUCCGGGAACGGGAGGAACAGCAGCUGCGCCAAGAGCGCGACAGAAAGCUCCGGGAGGAAAAACAGCUCAUCCGGGAACGGGAGGAACAGCAGCUGCGCCGCCAGGAGCUCGAGCAAGAGCUGCGCCAGGAGCGCGAAAGGAAGCUCCGCGAGGAGAAACAGCUUCUGGAACGGAAAGAGCAACAGCUGCGCCGCCAAGAGCGCGACAGAAAGCUCCGAGCGGAGGAACAGCUCCUCCAGGAACGGGAGGAACAGCAGCGGCGCCGCCAGGAGCUCGAGCAAGAGCUUCGCAGGGAGGAACAGCAGCUGCGCCGCCAGGAGCGCGACAGAAAGCUCCGAGCGGAGGAACAGCUCCUCCAGGAACGGGAGGAACAGCAGCGGCGCCGCCAGGAGCUCGAGCAAGAGCUGCGCCAGGAGCGCGACAGGAAGCUCCUCCGCGAGGAGGAACAGCAGCUGCGCCGCCGGCAAGUGCAGGAGCAACUUCGCCGGGACCGCGACAGAAAGUUCCGUGAAGAUCCACAGCUCCUCCAGGAACGGGAAGAACAGCUGCUGCGCCGCCAAGAGGAGCAGCAGCUGCGGGAAGAGCAGGAGCUGAGGCGCCGGCAGGAACGGGAGAGGAAGAUCCGGGAGGAAGAGCAGCUCCGCCAGCUGGAGGAGGCGCAGAGGCGCGGCCGCGGCUGGGAGGGAAAGGAUCAGGGCCGGCAGCAGCUUCUGGAGUCCGGCAAGCGUCCGUUUGCCAGUGCCCCGGUGCGCUCCAGCCCCCUCUAUGAGUACAUCCAAGAGCAGAGGUCCCAAUACCGUCCUUAA